AUGAAGGCGCGGGGAAGGCGGCUGCGCGCGUCGCUGGGGGACAGCGCUCACCUCCGCUCGCUCGCUCGCCGCUCCGCUGCUGCUGCCCUGGCCGCCGCUGCGGACACCCCGCCUCCCCCGACUUGGGGAGAGGAAGGGGGGGAGGACGGGGAAACCGGGGAAGACGGGGAAGAUGGGGAGGCUGCACGGAAGGGUGGGCGGGGGGAGAAGCAGGAUCAUGCUGAUCCGAAUCCUGGGGAGAGCAGUGUGGUGGCCCAGGCCCAGGCUCAGGGCGGUAUUGCUCAGGGCGGUAUUGCUCAGCACCAGCAGGUACAAGAACUCCCGAGCCACACGAGCGGCAUGACGAUUUUGCAUGGGCACGCGAAAGGCGGCUAUGACGUAUGCGAUAGUGAGAGAUCAAGAAAGGGACAGCGUUUUAUGAUGAGAGCAGGAGUGAGCAGAGGCAGCAGCAGUGGUGGUGGUAGCUCCAGCUCAGCAGCAGCCGCAGCUCUGGGCAUGACACGUGGCGAGUUGGAAGGAGUGCGGUUCGUAACUCUGCUGCACGGUGUGAAGGAAGACGCAUGGGUGCAUGCGUUGGGGGCCGCAGUGCUGACUAAAGGCCUUGUACACUCGGCCAGAAAUGGCAGUGGUGACGCUAAUGCAACACAAUCUAGCAGCAGUGGGGCCGAUAGUGCUGGCGUUGCUGGCAGCAGUGGCGAUGGUAACGGUGGCGCUGCCGGCUUUAUUACUCUCAGGUUUCGCCUGGCUCAGAGGAAGGAGGACCGCCAAGGAGCGCUGGUGGGGCAGAGAGUGCGCCUAGACAUACGCCUGCCUCGCAGACCCGCCCUGCCAUCCUGCACGCCUGCUGCUGCUGCUCCUGCUGCUGCUGCUGCCGCUUCUGGUCCCUGCGUUCCUCCUUCCUCUCAUGGCACGUGUACCGGUGCACAACCUGCUCGCUUCUCUCCGCCUGCUUCUCAACGGCCCGAUUCCCCUGUGGCGUCUUGCUCUGCUCUCCAGUCCCCCUGUGCGGCGCUGCUUUCCGCCCCUCUCCUCGCGUCCUUGCAUCCUGCUGCAGCUGGUGCAUCGCCCCCUGUGCUGCACUCUCUGAGUCUGGCUGCAUUGGAAAUAGCAUCGGAGGAUUGUGGGGUGGCGAAUGGUGGGGUGAACAGUGAUGUUAGCAAUGGUGGAGUGGAAGGGAGUGGGGGGUGCAGGGGGCAGAGCACUAUGGCAGCGGGGGAGGGAGAGUCGAUGGGUGGAAAGAGAAUGGGGGUUGGUGUAGCAGUGGCUGAUGGCAUGCAUUCGGAACAGCAGGGAGGCAGUACCAGCGACGGCAUGAACAGCACUCGGAGGAGAACGGGCAGUUUGACAGGCCGGCAGGUGGAUCUUUCCCCACGAUACAUUCAUGACAGCCCGUCCCCUUCCCCCAAUGCAACUCGCAGGGAAGGUGCUGUGAAAGGCGGGAGGGGUGAUGAAUGGGGCAAGAGAGGGAAAGAGGGACGGGAUGGUGAGUUCAAGGAUGGAUCAACACAGAGAAUGCAUGGGAGAGGUGGAGGCAUACCAGACAUGUGGCGAAAGGUUGUUGGGGAAAGGCAGCAGGGGAAUAGGAAGGGAGAGGCAGAAAGGAGUGUGACCGGCGGUGCUUCUGGCAUCGUGCAGAAUAGUCUGCAAGAAUCCCUUCAAGGGGCGGCCAGUGUUCUGCACCACAAGCAAGAUCUCGCUGACAGGAGAACUGCGCAUUCAGCCAUUCCACUUGCUAGAAGGAAAAAACUGGCUGGUAGGAAAGGGGUUGAUGUGACAAGGGUUUGGGAAUACAGGGGUUCAGGCAGCGUGACUGGGACGAAACCAUUGGUGAGCUUUGAGAACUGGGCGGUCUUAGAGGAGAGUGUGGAUGAAAACGACAUGGAAUGGUUUUCUUGA